AUGGAUUCCAGUCCCACCAACACAGUCCCCCGGUCCUUCUACGAGUCCCUGAUCCGCGAGUUGCCCCAGCCCCAGAGUCUCCGCAUCGCUCCUCUCCGAGAGCCCGUCUCCUCGCGGACUCUGAACAUCCCAUCACCGCUCGAGCCCAAUGCCAGCGCCGUCCACGACCCCAAGGCGACCAGUGCAGCCGGCAGCGGCACACUCCCGCCCCGUAACAACGACUCCAGCGGAGGACCGCCGGAGGGCGGCCCCCAGACGCGAAGUAAAAAGAGCGACCCGUCGGUGGACACCCUCUUGACGCAUGACCCGCCCCCGAAACCCAUCCUACCGAGCUUUGUCAAUCCUCGCGCGCUCGAGCGGUUCCCCUACUCCUCGUUUGACGAUGACGCUUCCGGUCGUAAACGUCGCCGCUUGGAUGUCCAGGCUGAUUCCUUCGGCCAACACCUCCAGCUGCCCAUCCCCCAGGCAAAGAAGGAACAACGACCCCGGCGGCCGUUCGGUCCGUUCGCCAUCGUCAACGGUCUCUGUGAACCGCCGCCCAACGCCGCCCUCCUCCCGUCCAUAGAUGACUCAAUCACUCGGCUGCUGAGCAAACCCACCCGGGAGGAUACGGUGGUGGAGCCCGCUCUGUUGACGAAGCAACCCGCUGCAGAUGGCCAACGCGAACGGCGCGAGGGGCGGAUAGAAGAGAUCCUCGAUUCUCCGGUGGUGGAGAAGGCCGCGGACGAGGACCAGGGAGACGCUGUUGGCCGGAGGGAACCAAACGUCGAACCAGACCAGUCUCAAAAAUCCACCGAGGCUGCAGCCGAGCCACUCUCUCCGAAAACGCGGGGCCGUUCGCGCAAGAACGUCCGCAAGUGGACCGAAGAGGAGACGACGGCUCUCCUCCGCGGUGUGGUCAAAUGCGGCAUCGGCAAUUGGACGGCCAUCCUGGCGCAGCCGGAGCUCAAGUUCAACAAACGGAGUGCAUCGAAUCUGAAGGACCGCUUUCGCGUCUGUUGUCCGUGGGCGUACCGCGCCGCGGACCCGAACGAAGCUACGAAGAAACUGCGAGAUAGUCUCGCUGAUGCGCUCUCCCGCGCGGAAGCUGACGGCCCCGAUGGGACCUCGGGGAAGAUUCACCUCCCGCAUCCGUGGCCUGCUGAGUCGGAGUCGACCACCACGGGAGACGGCUCAGCGGGUACGGUGGAGGAGACCCCGGCGUCUGGGGCAGCUUCACCGCAGAGGGCGGAUCCUCCAGAGCCAGGAACGCGCGCAAAGCGAAAUGCAUCAACGAUAAUGCCCACUCUUACUGGGAAAUCUCGGUCUACGCUGGCGUCACUGGGAAUCCCCGAGCCGCACGUUACUAUGAAAUCGCGACGACGCUCGCGACGGCCGUUUACGGCUACCGAGGACGAGGCUCUACUGAAAGGCUACGCGGUGCACGGGUUCCAGUGGACACUGAUCCAGCAGGAUAAGCGCUUGAACCUCAGCCAUCGCAGAGCAACGGAUCUGCGGGAUCGUUUCCGGACCAAGUUCCCCCAUGCGUAUCGAGACGGCGGCUCUGUCAGCGGCAAAUCGCUCCAUAGUGCAGAGAAGCCUCUAGAUACGGUGACCAAGUCGAACUCGCAGGCGGCCACGCCGCCCUCACAAACCAAAUCUGACGCAGCAGAUCAGACCGUCGGGCCCGUCGACCCGGCGCUCUCGCCUCCGGCUCCGCCAGGCUAUCUCGAGAAUUCGACUGGGUUCCAGUUUCCGCUGGACGAAGCCACCGGAGGAGCGGGCGUGGACGCGUGGGAUAAUACUCUUGCCCCUAUGAUGUGGGAUGAAUUGACUUGA